AUGGAGCCCCAGCUCCAGAGACUGAAGCAUCUCACGCUCAAAAAUAUGUCCGUCACACUCACCACGCUCAAACCCGAGAAUUACGCCUCGUGGGCUAGUCUCUGGAAACAGUUCAUUGCACACUGCGAGGCGGAAUUACCUCAAUCCCAAUACGAAGACACAUUCAAGCGCAUCGUUGACCCGGACGGCAACCUGCAAGCCCAUGUACUCGUGAACGAAACGGGCGCCGUCGUCGGACUGGCGCAUUAUUUCUUCCACCAGAGCGUUUGGAAUCCGCAUCAUGUUUGUUAUUUGAGUGAUCUAUUCGUCGACUCGUCUCUCCGCGGGAAAGGCUACGGCAAGACCCUCAUUGAGGCUACGGCAAAGUCGGCUGAGGAGAAAGGCUGUAGAAGACUUUACUGGGCGGCGUACCAUACGAACACGUCGGCACGCCGGAUGUACGACACGGUCGCGAAUGCGAAAUGUGAAUUUGUCGAGUAUCGCAUGCCGCUGAAUACAGACAAGUCUCAUUAG